AUGACGGUUGCUACAAGCGACACCAUGGACGAAGCAGCAGUACAACCGGGUCAGCCUCAUGACCAGUACGACCCAGAGCCGGACCACGAGUGCUGCGAGAGAGUUGUCAUUAACAUCUCAGGCCUGCGCUUUGAGACGCAGCUCAAAACUCUCUCUCAGUUUCCAGAAACCCUACUCGGGGAUCCCAAGAAAAGGAUGAGGUAUUUUGAUCCUCUGCGAAACGAAUACUUUUUUGAUCGUAACCGCCCCAGCUUUGAUGCUAUUCUGUAUUACUACCAGUCAGGAGGGAGGCUGCGCCGGCCCGUUAAUGUGACGCUGGACAUUUUUUCCGAGGAGAUCCGGUUUUAUGAAUUAGGUGAGGAGGCGAUGGAAAUCUUCAGGGAGGAUGAAGGUUUUAUAAAAGAAGAGGAGCGUCCUCUGCCAGAGAAUGAGUUUCAAAGACAAGUCUGGCUGUUGUUUGAGUAUCCAGAGAGCUCAGGUCCUGCUCGCAUCAUCGCCAUCAUCUCUGUCAUGGUGAUUCUUAUCUCCAUCGUCAGCUUCUGUCUGGAGACACUACCUGUGGUCCGGAAUGAUGACGACGAAAUGCACAAUUAUCCAUUCCAGUCCCUGUCCAAUGCCACCUCCACCUAUGAAGGCUCAAGUUAUUUUACAGAUCCUUUCUUCAUUGUAGAGACCCUCUGCAUCAUCUGGUUCUCCUUUGAGUUCUUAGUGAGGUUUUUCGCUUGUCCGAGCAAAGCUGGAUUUUUCGGAAACAUCAUGAACAUCAUUGAUAUUGUGGCGAUCAUUCCUUACUUCAUCACGCUGGGCACAGAGCUGGCAGAGAGGCCCGAGGACAGAGAGGCAGGACAGCAGGCUAUGUCUUUGGCUAUCCUUCGUGUUAUCCGUCUGGUCAGAGUGUUUCGUAUCUUCAAGCUCUCACGUCACUCCAAAGGGCUUCAGAUCCUGGGACAGACUCUGAAGGCCAGUAUGCGAGAGUUAGGCCUCCUCAUCUUCUUCCUCUUCAUCGGGGUCAUCCUCUUUUCAAGUGCCGUCUACUUUGCUGAAGCAGAUGAGCCUCAUUCCCAGUUCAGCAGUAUCCCUGAGGCCUUUUGGUGGGCUGUGGUUUCGAUGACCACCGUGGGCUACGGAGACAUGGUCCCGACGACCAUCGGGGGAAAGAUCGUGGGGUCUCUCUGUGCAAUCGCUGGUGUGCUGACUAUCGCCCUGCCUGUGCCCGUCAUCGUAUCAAACUUCAACUACUUCUACCACAGAGAGACGGAGGGUGAAGAGCAGGCGCAGUAUCUGAAUAUCCCAAGCGUGCCUAAAGCCAGCUCAGCUGAUGAUUUAAAGAAGAGCGGUCGGAGCGGCAGUGGAUCUACCCUCAGUAAAUCGGACUAUGUCGAGAUCCAGGAGGCUGUGAACCACAGCACCGAGGACUUCAGACCUGAGGCCAUGAAAACAGGAAACUGCACCUUGGCCAACACUAACUAUGUAAACAUCACUAAGAUGCGUACAGAUGUAUAAUGGAGGCUAUUCUUCAUGGCUGGCCUUAGCUCUUGUCUGCAGAGACUCUAACAGGAGGAUGAAGGUAUGACUCCUUGUGUUGAUCUGGGACGUAAAGUCAGAGCAGAAGGGUGAGAUGAACCUGGAGAAAAGCUUGGUUUAGAGGACCUCAUCUUCUCCGACAUUCCACGGCGCAUCAUAGAUCUGCCACUCGUGUUAUUUAGGGCAUUGUCAGUGUCUGCAUGGAGAUCGUCUUACCAGUGUGCCGGUAGUCGUCCUGCUCGCAAUAGUAGCCACGUGUAGCCUCACAA